AGGUCAUUCACUAGCAAGUAACAAGAAACUAUCUUAUCUCAUGGGGAAGUGUCAAAUCUUGGUGAUUGUCAUUCUACUUUUUCUUGUUCCAACACAGUCCUUCGACUUCUUCAAACUUGCAUUGCAGUGGCCUAUCUCAGUUUGUGGACAAUACUGUAAAAACUUGCCCAAUCCCAUGAAUUUAACCAUUCAUGGUCUGUGGCCACAAAUUUAUAGCAGCCCAUGGACUCCACUUUCAUGUCCUUUGCAAAAUGGCUAUACUACUAUCGGAGACCAAUCCCUCGUAAAAAGGCUUAAGGUGAGUUGGCCAGAUGUGAUUUGGGGAAGAGAUGAACGUUUUUGGGCAUGCGAAUGGAACAAGCAUGGAGGAUGUUCUGAACAAUUGUAUAACCAAAUCACAUACUUCAAUUUGAGCGUUAAUCUCAAGGAUCAAUUUGAUAUUUUUGGUCAACUCCAAUGUGCAGGAAUCACACCGGGUAAUUAUUACAACUUGAGACAUAUCAAUGGGGCCAUCGAAUGCUAUACCAAGAAACAACCUGAACUUAUUUGCAACGUGCCUCCAGGGACACAACCUAAUUGGAACUGCCUUUGGGGAACACAGAGUUGCACUCCAGGUAUAAGGAGUUGCAUUCUGGGAAAAACUAAUUGGAAUUGGAAUUGCUUUCGGGGAUGUAGUCCUCAACAACAACUUCUUGAAGUUCGUCUAUGCUUUGACAAGAAUGGUGUUGUGAUUGAUUGUCCUGGACGACGCAAAGGAUUACCUCCUUCCAUAGGAGUGAGCUUUCCUAUAUAAGAGUCGAGUAAUGCCACGUACCAUGACUAGGUAUAUAUAUUACGUUAAAUCUAUCAUCUCAGUUGGCAUAAUGCCAUUGAUUGAACGGAUCUUAUCACUUACAUCUACAAUCUUUGUUUUAUUAUUUAUUUCGUCUCUAUGCAUGUUGGUUGUUAUAUAUUAUUU